AACCGACGAAAUUUUGUGGAGCCAAGCAGAAAUACUGACACGACUGCUAAAGUAGUGUGAAGUACAAGAACACACGACCUUCAGAGAGCCCGUGAUUGAAAUGCACCCUUCUUCCUGUGAUACUUUCGUGGCCCUGCCUCCUUCCACUCAGGGACAACGCGUCAUCUUUGGGAAAAACUCUGACAGACCCUGUGAUGAAGUCCAAGAGGUUGUGUUUUUCCCUGCAAAAGAUUGUGAUCCCGAUGAGAAGGUUGAGUGCACAUACGUAGAGAUUGAACAGGUUGCCCACACAUAUGCAGUUGUGCUGAGCAAACCAGCCUGGAUGUGGGGAGCUGAGAUGGGUGCAAAUGAGCAUCAAGUGUGUAUUGGAAAUGAAGCAGUGUGGGGCAGAGAGAACGCUAACUCUGAAGAGGCUCUGCUUGGCAUGGAUCUUGUCAGGCUUGGACUUGAGAGAGCUGAUACGGCUGAGAAAGCUGUGGAUGUUAUCACUGAGUUGUUGGAGAAAUAUGGUCAGGGAGGAUCAUGUAUGGAAGAUGAUUGUGGUUUCACCUACCACAACAGCUUCCUCAUCUCAGACAGGAAAGAGGCAUGGUUGCUGGAAACAUCAGGAAAGUACUGGGCAGCAGAGAGAGUGGAAGGGGGAUUUCGCAACAUCUCAAACCAGUAUGGCAUAACAACCAAGAUAGACAAGGAACACCCAGAAAUGAGGGAAUAUGCACAAAGCAAGGGCUGGUGGGACGUUAACACGGAGUUCAACUUUGCUACAGUCUACUCCUUUUUGACUACAGCCAGAAUAGAGUCUGCUGGGAGCCGAUACUGUGAGGGGAAGAAGUUGUUGGAGAAGAGCGGCGGUUGCAUGACUGCUGAGGCAAUGAUGGAUAUCCUGAGGGAUAAAGAAAGUGGCAUCAACAUGGAGGGCAUGUUCAUGACAACAGGAAGUAUGGUGUCUGUGAUACCCACAGACCCUGCUCUGCCAGGGGUUCACUAUUUCACAGCGACUCCAGACCCUGAAAGGUCAGUUUUCAAACCAUUCGUCUUUGUGAAAAACGCUCACCUGCUAAAGGAGACGACUUCCCCCAGUUUUGGUCCAGAUGAUCCAGUAAAAACUAAACCUCGCUUCCAGAGCAAACCUGACCGCAAACAUCAGUUGUUUGUGAAACAUGAGCUGGCAGCUGCCAUCAUCGAAUCCUACAAGGACAAGGGACAGAAGAUCACAGAAAUGAUGAGGCAGCUAGAGAGGGAGUUGAUACAUGAGAUGGAAAAGAUUCUUACGCAAGGCAUCGAGGAGCCCGAUGAUUUGGUGAACCUGUUUUCAAGCUCUGUCCAGAAGGAGAUGUCCACAUACAACAAAAGCUGAGGCCUGUGACUUCAUGGAAGCACACUACAUACCUGCAGUGCGUCAGCAGCAGGCUUUCGUUACAGCUAAUCUUUUACUAGGUACAGCAUAAACAUUCUUGUAUGAUAAACAAGUAAAUGUGAGCAAAGCUGAAGAUAACUGAUUUACAAAAUACAGCAGUCCAGCAUAACGGUCCCCGGAUCCCACUUUCAUAUUAUUUCAUGUUUAAAUCUUUUCAUUUACUGUUGACCAGAAAUGUUUUAAGAACAAAUUAAUCAUGAAAUGUGAUUUAAAGGUUGAGAAGCAAUUUUAUUUUCAAACAUGAAUGUUACAUAACAUGCAGGUUUUGACAGUGUGACACACACUGCAUUACAAUAAUUCCAUUACAAAACCAAAGACUUUCAACAAUCUCACUUACCAAAAAUUAAACUUUUGGUUUUAAAAGAACAACAAAAAUGAAUUAAUCUCAAUUUUCAAUAUAAUCUUUUCCAAAAAGG